UUGACGUCAAGCCAAUCACAUCGUAAGACUAAAUUCAAAUAGUCAACCCUUCAUGUUCGCUUGAGGUAGUAGCUGGGCGUGUACUGCGAUUAUUUUCAAAUUGUUUUUCUCUUUCUAACCAAAAGGCGUAUCAUCACCAUGGAUUGCCAGUUUUCUUAUUUGCGCCGCCGGGACAGCAGUGUGGCCAUGCUGAGGGUGAAAAUGUCCCGCAGAAUCAGUCAGAACCAGAAGGAGAAUCGAGGGCGGGCUGUGGAUGCACGAAGGCAGCUGGACAAUCUCACAGAGCAGGAAACUAAUCUGGAUAACUCUGCUGUGACCAACACGCCACCAAUGAAAGAUGUCACAAACGUCAAGGAAAAAUCUGCCAAAAACAAGGCCUUAGAAGAGAAGCUGAAACAGCUUGCUCGCUGGAAAGAGAGAAAGGCCCUUCAGAAAGAGAAAGAAAAGCAAGAGAGGGAACGGAAGGGAGUGUUUAAGACUGGCCUGUAUCAUCCAAAAGACACUGUUUUCUCCUGGCCUGCGGUACCGGCGGCCUCAAAAGCAAAAGAGACCAAAACGAACGCGGCUCCAUCACAAAUCAGCAGAGUCACCCGUUCAAUGAAACAACAGCAGCAGCAGCAAUUGCAGAAGCCUCUGAAGACGCUCCGUUCAAAUACGGCAGCAAAGAAAGAUCCACCUGCUCCUCAGACAUCAACCAGGGCCAUUUCUGUCAAAGCAGCGUCAGGUUUGGAUAAAAAAAAAAAAAUAGAAAUUUGUGCCGUGGGGACCGUUGGAAGAGGACACUCGACCAGAUCGGCCAACAGGACUGUGACAGCGCCCCCUGCAGUCCAAAACCAAACAAAGGACACAUUGCCAGAUCAGAGAAUCACAAGGAGAAGAGCCAUUGUUUCCCCUUCGCCACGGGCCUCUGCGAGCCAAAGGAACUGCACAGCCGACGACAACCCGGCCGAACAUCCUCUUGUGACCCAACAGGAUAAUCCGGCGCCAGAGGAGGAAUUUGAGAAACUCAAAUUGACGACUCGCUCUGAGGAGGAGACCGCAGCGGUGGACAAAGGACGAGUCGAGCCGCCCUCGUUCGCUCCCGAGGGCUUUGUGUUCCAGGCUCCCGCCGGCUUGGAAGCCUUCUCUUUUGUGCCUCUCACGCCUCGCUCGGCUGAUCGCUUCCUCGCGCCGAUGUCCGCGUCGCCGUACUUGACGCGCUCACAAGCCAAACUCGAACGCGAACGUCAGGCUGCGCCACGCCGAUCCUCUCCGCGCCGCUCUCCUCCUCCUCCUCCUCCUCUUCCUCUCACGGCGGGUUCUCCGAUGCCGAGCGGCCCCCUUCACCCAAAGCACGAUGUGCCAUACUUCAGGUCACAGCUGGCCAACGAGUCGGACAGAUUGACAUCUUUGUGUGAUCAGUGGCAGACAAGAGGGGAAGACGAGUCCAUCCCUGAGGAAAUGCGAGGCCGCGUGCGUACAACGGUGGGCCAGGCCAGGCUGCUCAUGAAAGAGCGUUUCAACCAGUUUAGCGGCCUGGUGGACGACUGCGAGCUGCGCCGAGGGGCGAAGCUCACCACCUGCAGCGACCUGGAAGGCUUUUGGGACAUGGUUUACUUCCAGGUGGAAGACGUUCACAGGAAGUUUGACGCCCUCAAAGAAGCGGAGGCGCGAAACUGGCUGGAAGAACCCAAACCGCCGUCACCCCGACAGAAGAAAACGGUCAAGAAACCCGCACCAGCGCCUGCCAAGCCAACAGGAAGCAACGCGGGGGCCAGGUCCGGCCUGGCAGCGGUGAAAGCGGCCAUGAGAGCCCAAAAGAAGGCGGCCGAGGCCGCAAAGGCCGCAGGUGACGCCACUGACGGCGAGCCCCGCCCGUCCUCUCGAGGAGCGCCGCGUCGGUCUGACGUGGUGGUUUUUGAUGGGGGCUUCUUCUGUGUGGAGAGCCCAGCCAAGACUCCCGGUGGCGUGAGGCGAUCCAGCCGCCUGGGUGCCGCGGCGCCGCCCUACGCCUCGCCCCUCACCAACCACUCGACUCCAAGAAGGGCCAGUCGUCGCUCCCUCGCAUUGGGGCAGACCGUCAGAAGCCCCGCCCAGUCCAAGGGCACUCGGACCCCCCUCUGCCGCCCUGGCCACCGAAGCUCCAGAUGUUCCCCGGAGCCGCUGCCCGCCACCUCUCUGCCCUUCCAAAGAGAAAAUGCUGACGCCCCCGCUCCUUUCUCCCUUCUUGUGGAUGCAGCUUUGGGCGGGGGGCAGCUGGAAGCGGCCGCCAGAGCUCAAUCUGAGCAUCUGACUCUGCAGGAAGACGUUUUGCUCACUGUCACCAAAGAACCUUCUCCAUUAACCCCACAGCCACCACAGGCUGAGACAGCAGAGGCGUCCUUGUUUCUAUUCACGCCGAACCCCAAGGACAGGAUCCGGCAGUCUGUUUGCCCCAGUGACCUCAUGUACUUCACGCCGCCACUGUAACUAUGAAUCUCUCCUUUCAGAAAAAUAUUUGCCGUUUUAUUUUUGAAAAUAUUGUAACUCGUUUGAUGAUUUACCCUCAAUAAAAUUGUAGUCAAAAAAA